AUGCCGGCCCUCCUCUUCCUCCCGUGCGCCGCCGCCGCGGUCGUGCUGCCGCUGCGGCCGGCGCCGUGCGCCCGCGCUGCCGCCGCGGCGAUGCAGGCGGGCUCGGAGCAGACGAUCAGCAGCGGCGGCGCGUUUGGGUCGGAGGACAUCACGAUCCGGUCGGGCGCGGCGUACCUGGUGGGCCUCGACAUACGGCGCGAGCGGUACAAGACGCUCGCAGGCAACGCCGAGCGCGGCGCUGCGUGGACGCUCGACGACUCGCUCGACGAACUCAAGAGGCUUUGCGACACGGCAGGGCUCGACGUGCGCGGCCGCUGCUGCCAGGCGGUGCAGCACCCGAGCGCCGCUACCUUCGUCGGGUCGGGCAAGCUGGAGGAGAUUCGCGACUCGGUCGAGGCGCUCGCGCCGGGAGGGGAUGGCGGCGGAGUCUUUUUCCCGCCCCUCGCGAGGCCUCGCCUUGCCCCGCAGGCGCUUCGGAUCGAGACGGUGGUCUUCGACGACGAGCUCUCGCCCGCGCAGCAGCGCAACCUGCAGUCGGCGCUCGGCGUCGUCGACCGGACGAUGCUCAUUCUGCAGGCGCCAUCCCCUCCCCCCUCCCUUUCGGAACCUGUGGUGGCGGUCGCGAUGACCGGAGCAAGACUGACGCGACCGCGCCCCGUGCCCUUGCGGCUGCAGAUCUUUGCGCAGCGCGCGCGCACGCGGGAGGCGAAGCUGCAGGUGACGCUGGCGCGGAUGCGGUACAUGCUUCCGCGGCUCAAGUCCUUCAUGACGACCGGCGCCGGCAUGGAUGCGAAGGGGGGCGCCGCGGGCGGCGGCAAGGGCGCGCAGAGGGCGCUUCCUCUCGAGGGGCGCCGGUGGGACGCGUCCCCGACGUGCACCAUGCCGCUCGUCGCGCUCGUCGGCUACACAAACGCGGGCAAGUCGUCGCUGCUCAACCAGCUCUGCGCAAAGGUCGAGGGCGGCGAGGAGGUGUACGCCGACGACCAGCUCUUCGCGACGCUCGACCCGACGCUGCGCAGGCUGCGGCUUGCCUGGCGGGCGGGAGGUGUGGGCUUCAUCCAGAAGCUGCCCACCAAGCUCGUCUCCGCCUUCCGCGCGACGCUCGAGGCGAGUGUGUGCGAGGACGCCGACGUCGUCCUGCACGUCGUCGACUCCUCCUCGCCGAUCGGGCGGCAGCAGGCGUGGUCGGUGCAGCAGAUUCUGCGCGAGGUUGGCGCGGAGCACACGCCGCAGAUCCUCGCCCUCAACAAGGCCGACGCCGUCCUCGCCGCCACCGCCAAGCUCCCCGCCCCCACCGAGUGGGUCUCGCUGCACGACACCGUCUCGCCGACGUAUGCGGUCGCCAUCUCGGCCACGCAGGGCAAGAACCUGCCCAAGCUCCUCUCCGCCGCGCUGCUCUCCCUCUCGGUGCGGGUCUCGUGCGUGCUGCCGUACGCAAACGGCGAGCUGCUCGCCGAGAUGCACAAGGUUGGCACCAUCGUGGAGGAGGAGUACGUCGACACCGGCUGCCGCGUGGUCGCGUACGUGCCGCGCCCUCUCGCGUCGCGCCUCGGCAAGCUGCUGGGCGACGGCGAGGGCAGGAGUAGAGUAGAGAUUGGCGCGGGGUCGAAGGCGCUCGAGUCUGUUGGCGACAGCAGCCCUGCCGACUAG